AUUUAUAUAUUGGUAUAUCAUUCCAACGACUAUCCCGAUCUGAAUUUACAGUUACUUUGUCGAUUAUAUCUGAUCUUAUUAUUGUGUCAUUUUCCUUUGUUAAAAAUAAAUAACAGCUGAACCAUCAACACCUGCCAUCGUCUCCGUUACAGUCGUAAGGAAUACCAGUCAGGAAAUUGAACUAGAAGACCAUGGCGUAUCAAUGUUGAUUCCUCCGGAGGCUGUUCAUCAGAGUGACCCGUGCAAGAUCACUUUAACCCUCUUACAAGGCCCUCCCAGUGUUGACAUCCAAGAUGAUGAAUCAGUGAUCUGCUACGGGAUCAGAUGUGAUCCUCCAAACAUGAUCUUCCACCAACCUGUUAAGAUCAGGAUACCACACUAUGCCUUGGUCAUGAACCCUGAUCAAGUGAAACCAAACAUCGUUUCCCGUGUAUUGUAUCCAGGCACAGAUGUAACAAUAACAUCAAGAAAAAGAUCAUCCAGCUCACCAAAGGAACCACCAUACUGCAACGUUUUCAAGAGACAUCUUGAGCUGUACAUUGGAAAGUGUGCUGAGUGGUGGGUUUUUAUAUCUCUCGAGCAACAGGUGAUCCAACACCAACUUAUAUGCACUCCAUACAUCCUAGACAAGAUAGAGAGAGGACAAGAGUUUAAAGUUCACCUGCAGAUGCAUGCGGACCUUCCUGGGAUGGAAACGGAUAUACGAAAGGAGAAGAAGCAGCAGUCGUACCACAAGAGCCAUUGUUCCGUUCCCUUCAGUGUUGAAUCUAAGUCUGGUGACGUCACAGUGACGUGUCAUCGAGAGGGCAAACAAGUUGAAAGCAAGGUUCUUUCUUUGAAGGAUGUUUGUGGCAAGAUGAGACACAACAUAUUGUUGUCCGUGACUCCUACUGAUGAUAAUGCAAAAUUCACAGGGAUAACCAUUACGAUUACACAAGCUGGAAGCCUAGAGGUGUCUCGAUCAAUUGCUUUUAUCAUAAGACACACGGAUGGACAGGAAUACCUUUCUCCUUCUGAGCCCCUUUCAUUUGUUGGGGCUGUGGAAGAAGUCUUGAAAAGUGACCUGCCGGAUAUUGAUGUCCUUACAAUAGCCCAAACAAUGACAGUAGACCAGUUCUAUGAUUUGGGAGUAGCUCUUGGUUUCACCAUACAACAACUGGAUAUCAUAGAAUACAGGAGGUUCCGUGACAGAGAGCAGGCCAUCUAUGACAUGUUGAUGACAUGGAGAGAGAGACAACCGUCCGGCCAAUCAACAAAGGAAACGUUCCUCUCACUCAUGGAAUCUUUAGAUCUACCGGCAGAAGGAAUCGCUAUAUCAGACAUUGGACUCACUGGAGAAAUUCCUGACAGGACACUGCUCGCGUUCGCCCGUCAGAUCAGACCGAAAAAGUUCUUUGAGAUUGGCGAGAAGCUUGGAUUCAACACGUCAGAGUUACAACACAUCGAACAUCGGAUACUAUACAACAGGGAAAAUGCUAACAUCCAAAUGCUCUCAAGUUGGAAAGCAUCUCAGACUUCAGGACCCAAAACAAAGCAGACACUGAAGCUGGUUUGGGAGUCUGUGCAGGAUGUUUCGAAAGCAGAGAAAACCGAGGAUAGUGGAAAGGGCAUCGCUCUCUUGAAUACGAAAACUGCUGGCACAUCUCAAGCUUUAGCUGAGGAAUCAGAUCAAGAAACUGCGGAGGCCGAGAAGAACGAUUAUGACAAUCUUCCGGAAAAGGCGCAAAGUGAUGGAACAGACAGUGUAGAGCCAAUAGACUACGCCUUAGGACUAGAUUUCCUCGAAGCAGCGCAUGCACAAGGGCCCUCAGGAGGACAGACCAUGACACAGGAGCCUACAGCAACCACUAACCAACCUCUUCUAGAUGACAAGUCCUCCAAGAACCAAGGUAAUGUGGCCAGUGAAGUUGGCAAGAAAAUCCAAUGGGAUCUUUUGACAGACAGUCCUCAAGAACUUACCCUUCAAGAUAAUGAAGUAGUAAUAUCAUGCGGCGUCAGAUUUACGACUUCUGGAGCCAAGCUCAGCGAAACCUUUAAGGUCACAUUGGACCAUAAUGCACAUUUCACCAAUCCAAGACGUGCAGAGAUCGUCUUCUACACUCGCAACAAAGGUGGGGCAAUUACCAAAGGGACCUGA